AUGGGGAAGAUGCCGAGUGAGCGGACGCCACUGAUCACCACGGUCAAGGUUGGGGAGGUGCCACGGCGCUACCCGCACCAGACCGUGAGGCGCUUUUGCAGCGUCGCCUUGGGCUCAUCUCUAGUAGCUUUGCUGCUCGUCUUUUUGUGGACCUUUUCCUUUGAUCCCCAACAGCACCACCCUCACCACGAACAUGGCCGCCACGUCUCAUUUGAUGAGCUGAAGACCAUCCUCCUAGAAACACCCAGCGGCGAAAAGGCUGGCGAGUGGAGCAAGUAUUAUACAUCCGGACCUCACUUGGCAGGCAAGAACUUGUCACAGGCUGAAUGGACUCGAGACCGAUGGAAUGAGUGGGGUGUCCAGUCAGAUAUCGUGGCUUACGACACAUAUAUCAACUACCCUGUAGACCACCGUUUGGCAUUGCUGGAGAAGCCGGAGUCCGAGGGCUCUGCGGCCUGGAAGGUUGCCUUUGAGGCCACCCUGGAGGAAGCCAUUCUCGAGGAAGACGAAACGAGCGGCCUCGAGAACAGUGUCCCUACUUUCCACGGAUACUCUGCUAGUGGCAACGUGACGGGCCAAUUUGUCUACGUCAAUUACGGCACUUACCAAGAUUUUGAUGAUCUCGUCAAGGCAAACAUUACUCUCGAGGGCAAGAUUGCCCUCGUGCGAUAUGGAGGUAUCUUCCGUGGCCUGAAAGUCAAGAGGGCCGAGGAGCUCGGCAUGAUUGGUACAGUCAUCUUCACCGACCCUGGUGAUGAUGGCGAGAUCACCGAGGAGAAUGGCUACAAGGCCUACCCCGACGGUCCUGCACGCCACCCUAGCAGUGUGCAGCGUGGAUCAGUGCAAUUCUUGAGCGUUGCUCCCGGUGACCCUACCACACCCGGAUAUCCGUCAAAGCCCGGUGUGCCGAGAGAACCUGUGGAGGGCAAGAUCCCGAGUAUUCCUUCCCUGCCCGUCUCAUAUGCAGAGGCAAUUCCUAUCCUUCAGGCAUUGAAUGGCCACGGACCCAAGUCGUCCGACUUUAACAAGUACUGGACUGCCAACCAGGGACUUGAAUACAAGGGUGUUGACUACAACAUCGGCCCUUCACCCGAGGGUGUUGUCCUCAACCUCUACAACGAGCAAGAGUACACGAUUACACCACUGUGGGAUGUUAUUGGUAUCAUUAACGGUACCAUCCCGGACGAAGUCGUCGUGGUCGGAAACCACCGAGAUGCAUGGAUUGCUGGCGGCGCGGGUGACCCGAACAGUGGAUCUGCCGUAAUCAACGAGGCCAUUCGCAGCUUUGGAAAGGCCCUGGAAGUCGGCUGGAAGCCUCUGCGCACCAUUGUGUUUGCCAGCUGGGAUGGUGAGGAGUACGGUCUGGUUGGUAGCACGGAAUGGGUUGAAGAAUACUUGCCUUGGCUGUCGGGUGCCAACGUGGCCUACAUCAACGUUGACGUCGGUGUCCGCUCGCCUGUGUUUUCGGCUUCGGCCUCUCCAGUCCUCAACAAGCUGAUCUAUGAAGUCACGGACAUGGUGCCCUCUCCCAACCAGACGGUCUUCGGCCAGACGGUUCGCGACACCUGGGACGGGCACAUCUCAACCAUGGGCUCGGGCAGCGACUUUACUGCUUUCCAGGACUUUGCCGGUAUCCCUUCGCUCGACAUGGGCUUCGGUGGCCAGUCGGCUGACUCCCCCGUCUACCAAUACCACAGCAACUACGACAGCUACCACUGGAUGAGCAAGUUUGGCGACCCGGGCUUUGUCUACCACAAGACCAUGGCUCAGGUCCUCGCACUCGCCGUGGCCAAGGUGUCGGAGACGCCAUUGGUCCCCUUCAACGCCACAGACUACGCCGACGCUCUCAAGGGCUACGUUGAAAAAGUCGAGCAGAAGCUGAGCCCCGCCGCGGGCUCGACGGAACCCAGCACCGAGGCCGAGAUCGCCGCGUUCCGCUCUCGCACUACCAACACGGACCUGACGGCCCAAAGCGACGUCGAGGCCUUUAAGCUCUUCACGCUCAAGAAGCUCCAGGACUCGAUUGGCGAGCUGCGCCAGGCUGCCGUCGCUCUCGACGCCCACGCCGCCGAGCUCGCCGCCAAGGUCGACGACGAUAUCCCUUGGUGGAAGUGGAUCACCAAGCUCAAGCUGCUGCACCAGGUCCGCGCUACUAACACAAAGUACAAGAAGAUUGAGCGCGCAUUCCUCUACGAGGGCGGUCUCGAUGGGCGACCCUGGUUCAAGCACGUGGUCUUUGCGCCUGGCAUUUGGACUGGUUAUGCCGGUGCCGUCUUCCCAGGCUUGGUGGAAAGUAUCGACAACAAGGAUAUUGCCAAUGCCAUGAAGUGGGUGGAUAUUAUCAAUGCUUGCAUCAAGAAGGCGACUAAGACCAUCAAAUAA